AUAACAAUUGAACUGUGUCACUAUUAGUGUCUCCCCCACCCUCCACCGACCACCAUGGAUGAAGAAAAUACACUGAAACUCUACUUCAUUCCAUACCUAGCAGCUGGUCACAUGAUCCCUCUGUGUGACAUAGCCACACUCUUCGCCUCACGUGGCCAACACGUGACCAUCAUCACCACUCCCUCCAACGCCCAAAUCCUUCGAAAAUCCAUCUCCGAUGCCGUCAUCCACCUCCACACCGUCCAAUUCCCCUCCAAACAAGUUGGCCUCCCCGACGGCGUCGAAACCAUGACCGCCCUCACUAACCUCGCUGACUCCGCCAAAUUCUACCAAGCCGCCAUGCUCCUCCAAGGACCAAUCGGUGAUUUCGUGGAGCAAAACCCACCCGACUGCAUCGUCGGUGACUUCAUGAUGCAAUGGGUUGGUGACCUCGCCAACAGGCUUCAGAUCCCGAUGCUUGCAUUCAACGGCUUCUCCCUCUUCACCGUUGCGGCCAUGGAGUCCGUUAGAAAACACCCCUUCGAAGCAGAGCCGUUUGUGAUCCCGGAUUUUCCUCAUCAAAUCACCCUGCGUGCGAUACCAGAGAAAUCCUCCACCGGGUUCUUGGAAUAUCUGCUGGAGAAAGAGCUCACAAGCCACGGGCUGAUCGUGAACAACUUCGCCGAGCUCGACGGAGAAGAGUACAUCGAGCACUACGAGAGAAUCACCGGUCACAAGGCAUGGCAUCUUGGCCCUGCUUCUCUGAUUCGCAGAACAGAGCAAGAGAGAGCAGAGAGGGGGCAGAACAGUGUGGUGAGUGCGGACGAGUUACUGAGCUGGCUCAACUCGAAGCCACCCAACUCGGUUGUCUACAUCUGCUUUGGUAGCGUGUGUCAUUACUCAGAUGAACAGCUUUACGAGAUUGCAAGUGCCAUCGAAGCAUCGGGCUAUGGAUUCAUAUGGGUGGUUCCUGAGAAGAAAGGGAAAGAGGAAGAGAGCGAAGAGGAGAAGGGAAAGUGGUUGCCGAAGGGGUUUGAAGAGAGGAAUCGAGAGAAGGGGAUGAUUAUCAGAGGUUGGGUUCCGCAGGUGGUUAUACUAGGCCACCGUGCUGUGGGUGCGUUUGUGACCCAUUGUGGGUGGAACUCGACAGUUGAGGCGGUUAGCGCGGGGGUUCCGAUGAUAACGUGGCCGGUGGUUGGGGAGCAAUUUUACAAUGAGAAGCUGAUUACUGAGGUGCGGGGGAUUGGGGUGGAGGUGGGUGCAGAGGAGUGUUGCCUGAUGGGUUUUGAUAAGAGGGAGAAAUUGGUUAGCAGGGAGAGUAUAGAGAAGGCUGUGAGGAGGUUGAUGGACGGUGGUGAUGAGGGGGAGCAGAUCAGACGGCGCGCACAAGAGUAUGGGGAAAAGGCUAGGCAGGCUGUUGAAGAAGGUGGCUCCUCCCACAAGAAUUUGACUGCAUUGAUUGAUGAUCUUAAAAGAUUGAGGGUUAAGCCUUAAACUAUUUGUGAGUUUUUGAAUUUGGUGCUGGUUGCAGUACCUCAGGCCAAAUUGAGGUGUGAGAUCUAAAAGGAGUUGUUUAAUAACAAAGACUUUGUAUCGAUUAAAUUUUUUAUUUUAUUAUAUUAUAGUAAUGCAACAUUUCUUUUUUAGAAUGUAAAA